CCCCGGCAAUGCCGCCGCGGCAACGCCCAUCCCGCCGCGGCAGUGUCCCGCCCAAGCGCAUAUUUUGUUGCCAUACCCCGCCGAGCGAGCCGCCUUCCUCUUUCGGGGGGGUGGGAUGCGCCGCGCGGUGAUCUGCUGCUUGGCCGGCCGCGGAUGCCUGGCACCGGGGGUUGGAGACACGUUUUCCGCAGGCACCGCUGCGGGGAUUUAAUAAUGUUGUGGUCUUGUCGUCUGGCAGUGUGGUAGGGCCGCGCUCUGCGCGUGGUGGUGUGUAUGUCGUGUUCUAACAAUUGGUCUUCAGUGUGGAGGUUCAGUGCCAUCGCUACUGUGCUGACCGGUCCCUGUGUGUCUUCUGCACUGCGAAGCCGAUACAGUGGAGUACUCAUAUGUGAUUCUGCUCCACCUCCUAGAGUAGCACCAGCUCUCCGGGUGAUAUCUUCCGAUUACCAGGUGAGAGUGAGAUGAUGACGUAAGUCUAGUGAAGAGGAACAUUGUUCUGGUUGAGCAGCCUCCUACUCCUAGCUUCGCCUGCGUUGCAGAACGACAUUCCGAUCUUGCUUUUUCGUGCCUCAUUUCUCGUCCAGCGGCCGGGGCGAUUUUGUUUUUUUGCGUUGCUGUGUUGUUUUUUAGGGUGUGGCGUUUCCCAACGGCAUCUACCUGUCCUCGUCUGUCAAGUAUCGAUAGAAUCAAAGGUUUAAGCGAAGGAUGCAAAAAUAAAUUCAAAUACAACUUCUAAAACUCAAAAUGUCCUCCUCCGUGUCCUCGUCAGGCUCCUCGAUGAGUUCUUCGCGGCGGUGCGUGCCGCUGCGCAUGUUUGAUGCCGACUCCCCGUGGCUCUUCCACCAGCAGGCUUUCUCCCGCAUUGCGUCCCGCAAGAACAUUCCCCUGCAAGUGGUUCUCCCCGGCGACCGCUGUGUGUGUGGAACCCUGAUCGACCGAAUUCAAACCUACCCGCGCCCGAGUCAGCGGCAGCGAAGCAGUGCAAGAAGUAGAAGUACUAAUGCCUCCACAACUAGCACUUCUACUUCACCGUCCUCCCGGUCUACCAGUUCCUCUCGCGAUCAAGCAAGGGACAGCCAAGCUAGCACGGCCCGCGGUGCUGUUGGAAGCGAGCCGCACAUGAUCACAGAGGGCGACAAUGCACGCGCUACACAGAGCACCACUUCUCCCUCCUCGGCCUCUGCGGGAUUGUCAGGAAGAAGAACCACUACCACAGCCCAAGAGCAAGAUGAGGAUGAGGAAACGACACCAACCUCUACUUCAACGAAUACUGCUAGUGAAGUUGUAGAUGAUGGUGGUACAACAUCAACUCCAGUAGAAAAUAACAACAUCGACGACGAAGACACGGAGGACGACGGGACUACGGAGGCGGAAGCUAGCAUGAACCAUGGGUUUGUCAUAUCCUGAUUAACAACGUCCCCACACCGUAGUCAAGUUGGUAAAUGAAUCUGCAACACAAAUCUCCAAGUUAUGGGAGUUAUGCAUGACAGGUUUCCCUUUGUUCCGUCUGCAGCGCACUAGCGCUGGUUUGCAAGGACAGCCGCAUCACAAAGAUGCCUCCUUAUGCUGUUUACAGAAUUACAAAUCCCAGAACACGACGGCAAAUCCCUCUUUUCCGGAUGUGCAUAUACAGAUUAAUUUUUCUGUAGAUGCAAAUCAGCAUGACAGCUAUCAGGGGCUGGGGACGACGUUUUUAGAUAGGAUAUGUCAUCCACGCCACCGUCCCGCGUUUGGCCGUGCUGCGGCCGCUCGCGCUGCAGCGGUGCGCCGGAACGUUCUUCCUCUUUUUCCUCCAGUUUCUCGUCUGCGUCGCCGUCUUUUCCGGCUUCGCCGUACUUCCCUUUGACGGAAAUGACGACCUCUACCCGCGGUGGCCGACGUCCGCGCAGGUCGGGGGGUACGCCGGGCUGUGGAGUUUGCACGCCUUCGCGGUGGUCGCGACGUUGAAACGGCGGUCGGCGGCCAUGCUGGCGGUUUACCGCGCCCUCCUGUCCGCGCACUGUCUUCUCACCUUCGUGGCGGCGUCUGAGGGCCUGUUCGAUCUGGUGGUCUGUUUUCUCUCCGUGCUAGUCGUCCUCGACGCAGAGAGACACGGCGAGCUGUUGGAGCGCCAGGUGUUCGUGCGAAAAUUCUCCUGAAGUUGUUUUCGUGCGGAUAAAGUGAUUGUGCUCGUCGAGUAUCUAUUGCGAUGAGCCUCUAGAAGGUCAAGUCGCGCAUGCAUUGCCGAUUAUGCCAAAUCGAAUACCGCGAAGCGAUCGGCGCUAAGGCCGUACUUAUUAAUUUUCUUUUUCGACAGAAAUUAUCCAAUGCUUCCAUCUGGUGUUCCUUUGUGGCUAGCACGGUUAAUACUACGGGAUAGGAAAAGCCUAGCACAAGUAGAUAGAAUUCCAGACAUGAAGAUGACGAGAGAAAAGCAAUUGCAUCAAUAGCG